UCUAGUUAUAGCAAUUAAUUAGCCCAAUUAAUUUUUUGACAAAUAUUCUUGAAAGAAAUGAAGAUGAAGGCUGUUAAUUUCAUGGUGGCUGCAGCUUCAUUAAUUGUGGUGUUUUCUAAUUUCAUGAACGUUGCACAAGCCUUUGAAGGAAUGGAUGUAAUACAUGUUGCUGGCAAAGUUCUUUGUCAAGAUUGUACUCAGGGUUGGAAUGAAUGGGUUGAUGGUGCCAAACCCAUCAAAGGUAGUAUAGUAUCACUUACAUGCCUAGAUGAGAGGAGAAGAGUAAUGUAUUAUGGAAGUGACCUUACAGAUGAAGCUGGAAAAUUUGACUUGAUUACAAACACAACUUGUUAUGGCAAAACCAUUAAACCUCAAAAUUGCUUUUUGAGAUUGGUUUCUUCACCUGAUCCUGUUUGUAACAUUGCCACUGACUUCGCCGGAGGAAAGUCCGGUAUAAAACUCCACCGUCCGACGGUGAUUUACAGGGAUUUGCUCAAAUAUGUACUUGGUCCUUUCUAUUACACAACUCCUAUGUGUGAUGAACCUGAUACUAAUGAUGAUGAUAAUUUGGAGUCUGAUGAUGAAGGCAAAGGAAACAACUAUUAAUAAACUUAAGUUCUUGAUUUUUC